GAGGAACACGUCGCUUCGCUGCUCGCAGACUCACGGGCUUAGUGUGUACGGAGAGACCCGGCGUUAACGGGCUGCUGUCAGCCGCGGGCUAUCAACGGCACUUUACCCUGGACAUCUCUUACCCAGCAAAAUGUUGACUUCAAGCACAGCUCAGUAUCUCCACCCGGAUUAUUUGCAACCUUUACCAACAACGCUUGAUGCUAAGAAAAGUCCUCUUGCCUUGCUGGCUCAAACAUGCAGCAGCAUCGGAAAAGAUUCCUCUCCUUCCAAGACAAUAAUUCCACCGAUUGAGAAAAAAGAAGUUGGCAAAGGAACCCCAGAGAAACCCGGCAGCAGAGAUGGGAAAAAGUCGGCAUCUGAAGAGAAGAAAGACUCAAGUCGGGAUUCCCAUAAAACCUCAUCCCAUCGCUCGUCUGCACCUCCUAAAGAAGUCCCUCCUCUGGUGCCUAUAGCGAGUUCCUCAGACGAACACUCGCGCAGUCCACCAACAGGCUGGAUUCCAGAAAGUCAAGAUCAACCUCGCCUUCCGCCACCUCCCAAACCACCACUUCCUCGUCGCUCACGUCGUCUCCUUACUCCAGUCACAGCUCUUCCAUCUCCAAACACGCGCCUCAUCCUCUGGCGUAUGCGGCCGCAGGUAUCUCGGGCUACCCCAGCUCUCUCUCACUGCCCACUGCUGGGACAUGGAGUGCCCAUUGACUCUCUCGCAAGUUCCCAGGCCUACCACUCGUCCCUGGGGGCUCAUGCUGGCCUCGGCUUGUCGGGUGCUGCGGCUAUGAUACGGGCUUCUUCUGUGUCGCCCUAUGUGGCUUACGCUCGCGUUCGAACUCCAGCCGGUGGCUCAACAUUAGUACCCAUAUGCAGACCUUACUGUACGAACUGUCAGUUGACACUGCAGAACGCCCACCUGUCUUCCACGUGUACAGCUUCUGGGUGUGCACAGUGUGCCCACGAGAAAGCUCUCACGGCAGCGUCUUUACCCUCCCUCAAGUUUAAGUCUCCCUUCGGGAUUACCGCUUCACCCAGGACUUUCUCAGCAGCCCUGGCUGGUGUGUCCGCCUCGAACUCUGCUCUCAGCUCUCUCUACCCACACAGCAUGUUGUCAGCUGCUCAUAGACUACCUUACGUGUGUAACUGGGUGUCAGGCAGUGAUUACUGUGGGAAAAGAUUCCCCACAUCGGAGGAGCUGUUACAGCACUUACGGACUCACACCACCUGCCAGUGAUGUGGCCUCGCUGCCCUCCCCCAUACAGCUUUCGGACUGCCUUCCGCCUCGGCGCUGGCCGCCUGUCACAGCCACCUCACUGCACCGGGCUCUCUCAGCCCCAACUCCAUCAGAAGGGGCUACCCCCUCAGUUUAAGUCCGGUUAGUAAUAUGCUGGGAAGUAGCCGGUAUCACCCUUACAACCUUGCCGGUGUACCCCAGGUUCCGGGUGCCGGAUUGUCUCACUCCACCCUCGGGGCGUACUACUCCCCGUACACCCUGUAUGGACAGCGACUAGGUGCAGCCGCGGUCCCAUGACAUACGGCUGACCAGGCCAACUUUAGGUACCCUUACUUGUGAUGUGGACAAAAAAAGUACUAUUCUCAUGACACUUUUAAUUUAAUGGUUCUUACUGGUGUAUGUCACAUGCGUACACGAGAGCGGGACUCCUCGUGACUGUGUUUCCCCUGAGUUGAACAGGAUUAAUUGGGUUAUUGCAGUAAAUUGUUUGUAUCAGCUAAUGGAUUAACUUGCUUGUGCCAUCUUCACGCCGUGUGGAAGUCUUCGCAGUUUUGGAACUUUUUCAAUUUGUGGCAUUACCUGUUGUCCUUUGAUAGGGACGGAUGCGUUGUAAUCCUGUGUCUCAGAACUGUUUGAUGUGACAGGUUGGACGGCCUAACCGUUACCCGGCUCCCUAUCUGCUAAGGCCUCUGAUUCUCAAGGGUAUUGACUGGGGACAUCUGCGUGAACAAUACCCGGCUUGGUCAACUCUCCCGUCUACACAAACCGCCGCCACAUAGUCAAGGGACAAACCGUGGUCUGAGCUAGCGUCGUUGUUGGAACAUUGCCACUAAUCCGCGGUAUUUCUCCGUGGAUUGUGGCCUUGUUGAACUUCACCGAGACAAGGAGAACUGACUGUUGGAGAAGGGCUAUAUCACAUGUCCCACUGGAGAGUGCUCAAUUGAAAGGAUUAGUAAAUCGUGGAGAGAAUGACAUGAUGGUAACAAAAUGCACAGGGAGGUUUUGUUCUGGUAUAUCGCCAUUUCUCUGGAGCUUCCAAAGGGUUCUCUUCACACCCCAGUUUAUGUUUUAGUGCUAUAAUAAAUAAUUAUUACCUGGAUAUGAUCCUGGUGUUGUAGUAAUGUGAACUGUGAGGGGCAAGUAAAACUUGGUGAGGAUAGAGAUUGCUGUAGACAGUACACGUGCUGAGUGAUGUAAAUAGAGGGGACAGUGGUCCAGAACUCGGGUCUCAAACUGUCAGCAUGCAAUCUCAUCUUGUUUUCACUCGUUUAAUGUUAAUGUAUAGAAAGUAUGCGCAUUUUAUGCAACUGUUACCAUGCUCUCUCAAAUGUUUUUAUUUAAUUAUUAACAAGUCUUUCGUGAUGAGAAAAAAAAACGUAAGGCGACGAAGAAAUUGGAAUUUUAUAUAAAUAAAUCUGAAUUGUCCAGAGACUAUAAAAUGGGACUUGUUGUUUUGUGUGUGUACAGUGUUUGAAAGUUACAAACCGGACAUAUUUGGUUAAUAUUUAUUUAGUCCCUGACCGAUGGUGUCAUCGUGGUAUACAUACAUAUAUACAGAUCGGUGUAUAUGUCUAGGUAUCAGU